AGGACUGCCGGCCAUUUAGUGUUUUCAAAACCUUGACCGGCAGUCUUUGUAGAAAAAAAAGUUUAAGUGUCACCAUAGUUAAUUCAGUGGAAUGGUUAUGAAACCCGUCAGACUAAACGAAGAAGACGAAACCGUGUUUUGUGACACCAUAGUUAUUAGAGGAGACUGGUUAUGAAAAGCGGCAAACAUCAAUGAUAAAAACAACAGCGCUGCAGUUUAUGUUGGAAGUACCGUGAAAGUGCACAAUCCUUUGUUUUCUGUUGGCAAAUUGUUAGGGAAUAAAUUAAUGCAACGUUUUUAUUGGUCAAUACAAUCAAAAUGAUAGGAAUUCUUUUGAACGUUGUGCACUUUCAGGUCCACAAAAACCUAUAACAAAGGAGUCUGACGGGUUUCAAAACCAUUCCACUCAAUUAACUAUGUUUUGGUACACAAAGUUUUCUCGCUAUGGAGGUUUGCAAGCAAAGAACUGAAAUCUGUGGUAUGUUUUGACAAGUCUCCCCUGAUUGGACGAAACGCUUUAUGCACGUGUGAGAAAGCUAUUGCGCUGCUGUGAUUGGCUAUCAGAAUUUUUUAAGCGGUUUUCUUAUGAAGAAAACUUUUUGUAUUAUAAAGUAAAUCUCAGUAUUGUCGUGAAUGCUAACGCAGAAACUUCAGGAUUUCACAGUUUCAAGGGUUUAUUCCAGAUAGGAAAAGUUCACUGCCAAAGGUACACACGAAAUCUAAACCAAACUAACUAAAGAAUUAAGACAACAUGCUUAAAAACAAGGUACAUUGCGAUCACUACCACGACAAUUUUAAGUGCCAUCUUAAUUGUCACGCAAUGUUAUAAUCUCACACAGUAUGUAUAUAAUUUAAUCAACACUAACCAUCCAGAUCAGUUAAAUCCUAAACAUUAUAAACAAAGGAGAUGGUUUUUCAGCAAAACCUCUUGGAAAACGCCUAUUUCAUUGCCAAAAUGCCUGGUCUGGCCAUGGUCCGGCCGGCAAGUUCUGGCUUGUGGAAAGCGCCCCUAAAAACUGGCUGUAAAUGCAAAACGUAUUUUGAUCAAUACUUCUAUGGCCUGUUUCCAAACUCUUUUAAGCCUUCUCGGGUAUAAGCCUUGAGAAAUCCCCUUGCGAAGUUGUGUGAACUCUGAGGGCUCAUAAGCGGCAAUUUACGAUUUUCUAUGAAAUGUUGGUAAACGUAGCUGUUAAAUACCAACCGCUCACAACAAAACAUCGUGCUUGAUUAGAUGACGCUUAUGACGCAGUCGAACGCAUCUCCUGGGCCCGGUUCCUGAAAGACCGAUUAGCGUUAACCCAGAAUUAAAAUUUUGUUCCGUUUUUGUAUUUUACAUUCCUAUGCAUUGCUUAGGGUAACAUUUUGCGUUAUCAUUACUGUAUGUCGAAUUAAAGGCCCAACAGUAUUUUGUAACCUGGAGUUACAUGUUCUUAGACGAGAAAACCGUGCUUGAAAUUUGGCUUAAUCCUGGAUUAAACUUAACCGUCUUUUGAGGAAGCGGGCCCUGAUGAACACUAGCAACACACCUGCCACCUCACACGUAUUAUGUUUGUGUCGGAUAACUGACCACCUACCCGUCCCGUAAGUCGCAAUUUGUCCUAAGUGAGAAGGAAGUGUUAGUGUUGACUUAGGGGAGGGGUAGGUGGUCACCUUUGUGUCACACGCCUGCGGAACGAUCACACGAAUAACGCACAACCCCCCAAAACGACCGAAUAGGUUAUAGGUAAGUUAAGUAUGAUCGUCCGGGUGAACGUAGUCCUGAACAGGACUGUUGUUGUUGACAGUGACUGACUUUUCGACAACCUGUGCGGUAGUCAUCCGUUCAGAUUCAAAAUUGAAUUGUAUCACGUCAGUUGAUGAUAUUUUAUCUGGUUAUUGACCUGAUUGGUCAAUUAAGUCGCGAUAUUAUCGGCGUCUGUAAUGACUCGUAAUGUCAUUGUCGCGUUUUGAUCCGUCUAUUGUCGUAGUUACUGAAACAGUUGUUUAUUGUUAGUCAAAUUGUCAGUUGUCCAGUCAUUCUGCCCUAGUUAGUUUUGCUUGAGUCCGUCAAUAAGUCGUUUGUAUUUGUACGGUGCUGGUAACUGUUGACUAGGAUUCAGUGGCGUUUGUUGUAAGUUAGUAAAUCACUUUCUAAAGUGAUUCGUUAAUAGUAGUAUGUAGAAUACGUAAUAUAUGUCGCAGAGUCCCAGUCGAUUUGAUGUUUCUUCUGUAAAUGGUGUUCAGCAAUAUGAUUGUUGUCGUCACCUUUUCUUGUCGCUCGCUUGUGAUCAGUUAGUCACCAGUUAAGGUUUCUGCAGGUUUCACCGAUGAAAUUGGCCUGGCCAUCGCAGCAUUUGAACUUGUAUACUGCUCCCACUCAGCCCUCUGGUUUGUCUUUGUCCUUAAAAUUAGUUAGUAGCCGUCUUAAAGUGGUUAUCGGUUUGUGCACAACACGUAUGUUGUAGGGUUGUUGUAUACGUUCGAUAGUUUCAAAGGUGCCUCUGAUCUACGGCAUUGUCGCUGCAGUAACAGGGCCAAUACUCAGACCAACGUUAACUCUGGCAUCGUGGGACAAACGAUAUCAUUAACCAUUAACAAUAUUAAUAACCUUUAUUAUUGGUAACAUAUGAUUGCUUUUGAAUUAACAUAUGGUUGUUUCUCCUUGAAACAGAUAACAAUUUUCGAAACAACAGUUAAACUGGCAGAGCUAGUGACUGAUUCUUUUGCCUUCACAUUUUUACCAACUGCGUUUUCAUUUAAUCCGCCCGUGAUCAAAUUUAUGAACUUUUUCAAGUGGGAGAGAGCUGCUGUUGUGUAUGAUUUCUUGACAGAUGAAGGGGCUAAAGUUAAGGUUAGUAUUCUGUCAAUUUAUGGCACAGGGCAAAAUGAUGACAAUUCACUUUUUCAUAUCAGGAAUUGAAAAGAUAAAAGCCGUGCAAAAUGAUCCCCAUGCAUGAACCUGAAUUAAAUGUACUUAUUUUCUUAUGUAGAAAUAGUGAUAACUAAACGACUAGUAAUUGGAAAACUUUGCUCAAUGCGAUGGUACAAAUGGACGUUUGCCUUUUUCCCACUAAAGAAGUCAGUCUAAGUCUGUCUUUAUUAUGACUGAUGCUGGAAGUGGGCGAAGUGAAGCGAGUGCUGUGUUCUGAUUGGCCAAUUGCUGACCAAAUCGGUUCUGUCAGCAAGGCUGGAAAUGGGACUCGUUCUCUGAGUGUUUUAAUGCACCUCGAUUUUACAUCCUAGCAUUUUAUUUACUUCCUAGUAAGCUUUAGCUUUUUAGGUGUUCCGGUCAUUAACUACGUGUAUAAGGCACCCUUUCUUAUCUUGGGAUACUGGAUUACGUAUAUUUAAAAUUGCAUUUGCUGCAUCGCAAGUUCCAAGACCGUUGGGGGUGUGAACAAAGUAAAGUUAUGUUGAUAGUGGCCUUAGCUCGUACGAGUCUCCUAUAGCUGAUAUAGUGGUAGAGCAUCUGGACUGGUAACCAGAAGGUCAUUGCUUAAUUCAACUCCUACAGGAAAGAGAAGUGAUGACGUCACAAAACUAAAUUUGUGAAAUUAUGGGAUAGGUUGGCAUAUCCAGAGCCAACAAAAUGAGGCCCUCUUGGUAAAAAGCAGCCUUUUUUACUCCCCACCAGUUUGCUUUAAAAAGGUGGGGAGUAAGUAUCCCGUACUUUGCGCAUGCGCAAUUCGUUCGAUAGUACCAUGUGCUUGGUCGGACAUGCUUCUGCUGCCUGUUGCAUUUUACUGUUCAAAUUCGCCUACUAAAUACGUGAAAGCCUAGUACAUUACAAACUCCAUAUAAAUCCUUCUAAAACUAGACCUCCAUCGUAAGCGUUACGAUCCAGGCUAAUUUUACAAUGAUUUGUAUGAUGUCACCAGAGCAUAACGGUACUUAUGUCUCAACACAAAGGGGAAAUUUCUCAUAUUUUUCUUUCAGAAUAUGUCAACCAAUCCAGUAAUUUCGCAAAUUUAUAUUUUGUAACGUCACCCUUCUCUUCGCUAUUGCAAGUACUCCAAUGUUUUCUUCCUUGCCGCCUGACUGACCGCCGCGCUGAAUGCAUAAAUAAACAUCUUUCCUCAAAAUUCUACGAGUCCCCUUUGUUUUCGGCCUUAAAAUGGUACCAAUUUUCUACUGCAUUCCCCUUUAAAAGGAAUCCGGUUUACGAACUUUUGCUGUACGCACCUUUUACACACCUCCUCCGUAAAUUGUGAUGAGUUUUCCCCUUAUGCUAUUCACACUUUUUCACCCUUCUUGCUUGUCCUAAUGACUUUUAAUUAUUUUAUGUUUUAAGGUUGUGGAAGAUCUUGCCACGACAGCUUCUUCGAACCUCACUUCACCUCGCGUUAACCUGACGUUUGAACCAAUUAACCCACAGCAAAACUUAGCCGAGGGAGGAGUGUUUGAAUCUAUUAAGAACAGUCUGCAAAGCCUAAGGGUAAUUGAUCUUGUUUUUUGCUCCUAUAACAACAACAAUAAUAAUAAUAAUAAUAAGGUGACUCACUGUGGAAUCCAAAGGAGUGCAGUGUUAUCCAGGUCAGGAAGGGCAAGCAAGUUGAAGAUGCAGCAGACCUCAAGCUGGGCAAGACGGCUUUGGUGGAGAACCUCAAGACUGGGGCCGAGAACAUUUUCCUUAGUGUGAGGGUCGUUCAUGCAAGUCUGUAGAACGAGAGUAAAAAUUAAUUAAUAUCAAGGCGGCUAUGGAGCUACAUGUAUAUGAGAAUCCAGACCGGAUGAUGAGAAUUGUGCAGAUAUUUGAAGGGAUUCUCCUCACUUGUGAAGGACACACACAAUUUAGUUUGGGAACUAGGGACUAGUCUGAAUUUAGCCACUCCCUAACCAUCGUGUAGCACGCAACAGAGGAUCAGAGGACAUCCGGUGAGACAAUAUCUUACGAAAGCUGUGGGAGAGAAUGUUAAGGAGAGAUAGCAAGGACGUCUGCUGUGGGCCAGAUGGGAAGACGACCUGCUGCGUGAACAGGGCCGUUUUGUCUGGUUGAGUGGGUGGGCGUGCGCCCCUACUCCUGCUAUCGAAGGGGUUAUGGAACUUUACGAGUAGCUCUUACUACUUCUUACUUCUGGUUGACGCCUAAAAGAGGACAGGAAGAAGACUGACACCAAAAGGCUCUAGCGAUCUCUCAUGCAACUUUCAACACCUCUUACGUUCUCCAGCCCAGUAUCCCUCAAUAGUAUGUUAAUAUAUGUAGUUGAAGGACAUCAUCUUUUUGCGAUCCCAUGAGUGGGCACUCAUGUUAUCAGGUGUUGCACUAAAGAACAUGCUCAGAAAGAGCAAUCCUUAUAUUAGGUAGAGGUCACCUUUUUUUAGACUACCACAAAGCUCGCGAUUUUAACCUUAUUCUUUUAAGGUGUGUUUAUCACCAUUUGUAGCAUACUUGUAUAAGUUCAACCCAGGCUUCUCUCUUUGUCAAAGAGCAAGUGUCACUCCUGUAAAGGAGAAUUGUCUCCUUGGUUGCUCUGAAUAACUUCCGCCUUUUUUCUCUGCAAAGUCACUCUUCCAAAUGUUGUUCACUUUGUUUAGUGAUUGCCAGGCCAGUGCUGUGCGGACUUUUUUAUGUCUCUUUCCUUUGAACAUGUACAGCUGCCCAGGUAUUUGCGGCUUGCUCCCCUGUCUCUUCCACAACUGUUUGUUUACUUUUUUUACCAUCAAUUGUCUCUAUUUCUACACUUUCAAGGUUGAUAUACAUAACUUUGGUCUUUAUUGCAUUCUAUAUUCUCAUUGCGUAAAAGCUGCCAGGCUUGCCUAAUCUCGCCAGACAGAAGAACAAUGUCAUCAGCGUAAUUCAAGCCACUCCUCUUUUCCUUGUGUGGCUUGCCACUUUGCAUGAUCAACCGCAAUGACAAAUAAAUAUGGUGCCAAAGUCACCAAGCAUAACUCAGGAAAAUAUCACCCCAGUUAAAAAUAAUCUGUUUCACCGUCAGGGGAUAGAGCCUUCCCUUUGAUGUUGCUACAUUUUAGCAUGAUUGCAUUCGUGAUUCUCUCUGGGAUGUUGAACAUCGCUUGAUGGUUAAUGGAGACGAAUGCUUUACUAAAGUCAAUAAGGACCAUAAUUGAUGGUAGAUGGUAAUUCUUGACUCUUUCAAGGAUACCUCACAAUGUCAGCACCUGCGUAAUGGUAGAUCGACCCGGGCGAAAGCCAUUCUGGUUAUAUCGCAGAGAUGGAUCUAUUUUUGGGCGUAUUCGAUUUAAUGGCACUCUGUUUAUUAGGUUGGCGACUAUCGAUGAGUAAGCUGAUACCUCUGUCGUCGAUGUCACAGCGUUUCAGUAUCUCAGGCUCUCCAGGUGCUUUACCUUGGCUUAUCUGCUUCUUAGCAUUGAGCACUUCCCACACUGUGAAUUCAGUCUCUGUUACUCCAAGGUUGUGCAGAACAGGAUGAACAUUAUACAGGGUUGUGUCUUCAGCAGGGGUUCCAGCAGUGAGCAGAAGCCUACCCGAGUUAACGGACAGAGACCGGUACGUCAGACCAAAUUAACACCAUGUGGAGAAUGUGUGGGUAAGGUACUAGAAAGCUUUGCUCAAGUUUUGGCACGCUGUUGAUCACUGGCGCAGACUAAGUACAUGACCUGGCAUAAUGCUGCACUAAUAGAGCUCUACUUUGACGGAAAUGCUAAGGGACCUCAAGCUUGCCGACUCUUCUCCUCCUUGGUACUCACGAGUGGAGCUCAGCCCGUUGUACCUGUCAGACGACGCUCAUGCAUACUGAGAUGUUCCUGUUUAUGCAGAGCACACACAAAAAAGUGCAAAUUGCUUAGAUUUGACCCUGAAGCAUAGUAUCCUAUUGUUAUGCAUUUCCCAUCGGCAAUUGGAAGUUCACAUCAUUAUUCUAAAUUGAUGAUGUUAUGCGCACAGCCGGAAAUACCUCUGUGCGCGUAGACUUGGAUGUACAUUUCUUAACCAAUUAUCAAAUAUGUUUUCAUUGAUCAGGACAGAGACUAUAAAAUCUUCAUCGGAGAAUUUGCUGACAGAGCAGCCGCCUUGGUUUUUUGUGAGGUAAGAAAAGUGGAACUAGAUAAUUGUUCCCGUAAAAAAGUGAACUGGUGGUAUGAAGCGUGUGUGGAUAUCUGGUGGUGGUGUUGUUGGUGGUGUGUGUGUGGAGGUUCCGCCCAAAAGAGGUACCUUUUUCAGGUUUCAGUUGUGUGAAAGGGCACGGAUUUCACCAGUUGAGGUAUAUGAAAGCGUAGGAAAGUAGGUCCUUAGAUGAUCUAAAAGGACUAAGAGAUGCAUUUUAUGGCUAUGAAAAAAGUCGAGAAAGCGUUCUGGCUUUGUGAUUUAUUCAUACUUUGAAUACAGUGCCUUUACAGUAGUAAAAGGGGAUGCAAAGUUCUAACCUAGGUAUGUGAAGAAGGGGUAAUUAAUGUCAACUUCUUUACACAAUUUGAGUUACUGUAGUUUCUUUUUGGCUGUCUGUAGAAUCGUACCUUGUAGCACUCAAUAAAGCUUGAAAGGUACGGCUAAAUUGGUAUAAUUUAGACCGUUUAAAUUUUAAUUUUCCGACAAUUAUCCCGGCCAAUUUUACCCGUAAGUCGCCCUUCAGGAAAUUUAACAGCCAUGACCAGGAGCGCAUCACCCAAGAGAGUCCAUUGUAAAAAUAUCCUGGGAUAAGGAUUCUUGGUGGAGAAAAAAGGCGAAAACCGUAUUUACUCGAUUAAACAACGAAAAUUGGAUCAAAAUUGCUCUCAAAUGAAUGCUACAUCAAUCAUAAGAAUGCAGCGUUUAUUCGAGGAUUAUAGAAAAAUCUUUACAAUUUUGGGACCGAUACACCUUUGGGACGAUAAUAAGGGUGUUUUCUAUUUGUCAGAACUGGCCGGCCGGACCAUUGCCAGACCAGUCAUUUUGACAAUGAAAUCGGCCUUUUCCAAGAAUUUUUGCUGAAAAACCAUCUCCUUUCCGACACUAUAAUUUAGGAUUUGACUGAUCUGGCUGGAUAGUUUUGGUUAACAGUCAAAUUCUCAUUAUGACAGGAAGGGUCUGACCGGUCAGUUCUGACAAAUAGAAAGCGCCCGCCGAAGUAUCCGCCCUAGAGAGAGAUGGCCCUCUAACAGAGAGUCAAAUGAAAGGAGUGAAAAAAGGAAGAUACAUCUCCAACUUUAAGAUUAUUUUUCUCUAGGUUUCCGUUUUACAGAGGUGUCGGUCUUAUAGAGGUACGUGUCCGUUAAGAGACAGUCGACUGUAUAUGGUAUUCUACAUCAUUAAGCUAUCUCGAUUCUAUCUCAGAAAAAGAACGACGCAUGAAAACUCUUUACAUCUUUUUGUCUUAAAUAAUAUUUACAAAUGAUGUUUUAUAGUGGACUCUCUCUGAACGGACACCUCCAUAAGACGGACACCUCCGUAAUACGGACACCUAGAGUUGGUGCCUACCUUUCUUUACUCCUUUUAUUUGACUCUCUAUAACAGGGCUAUAACACAAAACUUGUGAUAGCAACUCCAAUGAAAGCGGGAUAACUUAUAAUUUCUAGUAUUGCGUUGCCUCGUUUAUAAUAGAGUAUACGUGUAUUAUGCCUAGGGCGUUAACUAAGUAUUGCACCAUGACAUAGGCGUGAAAACCUACAAAAUGUUUCUAGAAAGAUUGAUAUAAUCACGUUCUAUAACCUAAAAAUACAAAACUGUCUUAAAGCAACUAAAAAAUAUUAUUAAACAAAUGAAAAAAAGAACGUUUCAAAACUAACACUUACAAGUACAGACUACCUGCAAUUGGCAAAGCUAAUCGGGGCAGGUAGUAUGGAGACGUAUCACUUAAACGUAAUUUACAAUCAGUUGAUACAAAGGGAUUUUACUGAAUCAGGCAUUAGAAAUUCGAAAAUCUUCCGUCAUUAACUGGGAGCGUAAAGAGACACGUCCUGUCAGCACACGCACAUGAGCAAGACAGACAAGCAGUCCCAAAGGUGAUCGUCUAAGAGAGAGUUGACUACAUCGUCAUUUUGUUGUCUGUGAUUUAAGACUUUUAAUAUAAACGACAACCUCGAAAAAACGCUCAGGCGUUUAAUCGGUAACGUUGACGGUAACGGGGUCCCCGCUCUGUUGGCCUCUUUCGUACCUAGCCCGUUAUUCGAUUUCGUUUUUCUCACCAACGGGCCUUGUCCCAGGCUAUCUGAAAAAUGGUACCUUAACGCAGUUUUUCUAGUAUUAUUAGGGAGUUUAAGAUACUACGACGGCGACAGCGGCAAAUACCUCACUCAAAAAUUGACUUCUCGAUCUAUGAAACUUUAGCGCGAUUAACCCCAACUCGGUCACUAUGUUUUAUAUAGGCGAACUCUCCCGGAGUUGAAUUCUUAAGAAAAAUAUCCAAGUUUAAAAAGAGUAAGAGAGAUUCGUCGUCGUAUGUUCACGUUGUCGAUGAAACGUGAAAUUAGGCAAUUCACGUCGUAGUCGUGCAGUGACGGAAAAGAAAUGUACAAAAAGGCGUGAUUCAAGGGCAGAGUUGUUGUUUUGCUAAUCUUCACCAAUUGCUCUUUGACGUUCUCGUUGACGAGCCUCCCUGCCGCCCCACUAAAAUAUAUACCUUUCUGACUCUUUUUUUAAGACAAUCACCCAGACUGACGAGCCUUCGAUCGAGCCACCGAGCCACUUGUAUGUCUCAUAUCUCUCUCGUUCUUUAAAUACUUGUCAUGACUAACGAGCCACCGAGUCGCUUCUGUUUAAGACCUUAAAGACCUGAAAAUAUGGCAAUGUAUUUUCCUGCAAGCCUCAGACUGCUCAGAUUCAUGUGUGGUAAUGGGCAUGUACUGAGGAAUAAACGAUUUUUUUUCUGAUAGUUGUAUAAAAUGGGAAUGUACGGACCAGAGUUUGUUUGGAUUUUAAACCCGAAUGCUGGAACCAUAGAUGAUUGGCUCGAUCUUGCCGACAAAGCGAAAGAAAAGAUACAAAAAGAGAAUCAGGAACAGAUAUGCAACAAGACGCAAUACCAGAAAGCUUUAAAUAGAGCAUUCACAUUUAAGGCACUCAUGAUAAGGGAGGACGACAACUUCACUACCUCAUCAAAUCUGGUAAGACUAAUAUUUCUUUUCGUGAACGCAGCUCCUUCAGUAGAUCUGAUAUUAAUAGUAUAUUUACUAGGGUAUCUAAAAGAUAGUAAUGCUGCGGCACAUUCUGUUGAUACUGGCAUUAGUUAGGCAGUGAGACUUAAAAGAAUCAAAAAUGACAUUGAAUGUCCUAUUUACAUGUUGGAAAGUACUAGAAUAAUUAAUAUCAGUCUAUAGAAAGAACUCGUGGGAACGUUGUUUAGAAAAUGAUCAAGUGGUUAUCAACUCUGGUUUUCCCACAGUAAAUUGUUGGAAAUAAUAGAAAUUCAGAUUGUUUAUCCAUAUAUUUAAUAUACGGUGCACGAUAAUUUCUCUGGAAACACAAUACUUUUCUUGCUGUUGUUGCACUUUAUUAAGUAACAGUUAUUUAGCUAUAUAUUUAUAGAAAACAACAACACAAAAAACGGAAAAAAAGAAAGUAGGAAUAAAUAAUUCAGUAGGAUUCGAACCCAACACCUUCGACUGGACGCGACUACACCUAACCACUACACCACAGUGGCUGAUCACGUAAUCGUUAGGAAAAGUCUUUCAUUUCAUUCCUUUUCCAUGAAACUUCCGCCGGCAAGAUGAUCGCCAGUCGCAUUAACCGAGCUAUUAACAGUGAAAAAACAAUGUAAACGCAUAUUCCAUGGCAAUGAAUGAAUGAAAGAACAUAUUUAUGCUUUUCAAAACGCCGAUACACGUCCUUGUCUGCAAAGUAGGUCACAAAACAUAUGUUUUGUUAUCUCGAUUUCCGCUGUUAUUUUGAAGCGAAUGGUCAAAAUCACAUCUAUUUUCGGCUCAUACAGUUUCUUGAGAAUAGCAUUGCAUGACAUUUUCUCACUUUCACAUCACCUUCUAGCAAGCUGGAAUUUGUAUAUCCCCCGUGUUGCGGAGUCGAAGAGCAAAUGCUCAUCUUCUCGUCAGGUUUAACACCUGGACGAGUCAAACGCUCUUGAAUUGAAAUCCAAUCCCCAAGUUAACCAUCGUACUCAUCUGAAAGACUCCUGCGUGUCUUAAAAUUUGGUAAGACCUCUAACCGUCCUGUAGAAAAUUUGCCACAAAGAAAACUCUAAGUCUGAGCAGCGAACGAUGCACUCCCCCACCGACCUUCCCCGUGUUUUUAUUUGAGUAGUUCGUGGCGCAAUGCACUCUGGUUAAAUGCAAUGCAUUGUCGUAAAAAGUGUGGUUAAAUGCAAUGCAUUGUGGUAAAAAGUGAUGAAUUCGAGAAUUCGUCGCCCCUUAUAUAUUUCCUUUAAAUCCUGAUUAUGUUGCUGCUCGCUCCCUUCGGUAGCUCCGCAGCAACAAGCGUUGAAGUAAGCUUCCAGGUUAUUUGUUAUGAUCCAAAUUCACAGUAAUUUCGAUGGCUUCAACUAAAAUUCUUCUGUUCAGUGGAGCAGAGUAAAAUCCUAUAAUCCUGAUGAGUUUUCAGUUUUGAAAGUCUUCAUUUUUUUCUUCCAUUCACUCUGCUCGAGUGGCCAAAAAUGUGACCGAGUUUUGAUGGGGUUUGAGAUAUGUGAAAAGCGGAAAUCGCUUGUUUGUUUCCGGUUUGUUUUAACAAAGUUAAGUUAGGAAGUUUUACGCCCUGGGUACCAGAGAUUGGCGACCAUUUGAAAGAUAGGUAUUUGGCAAGAAAUGAGCUAAUUUUAAUUUGUCGUACUUCCAUUUGCAGACGGUAUCUGAGGCAUUUUCAAGACUGGGCAUAAAUGAUCGAUCGAGCGAUAAAACGAAAAACCUUGCCACAACUUCGUUUGAUGCUAUGUGGGGCACCAUGCUAGCCAUAAAAGAAGCUAGUGAAACAAAAAACGUUUCUGAUAAAUUGGGAAAGAACACGGACUAUACAGAAAAUCAGGAAGUGUCUAAUUUUCUGGUGAAAAAACUUACAGAGUUGAACUUUCAAGGACUAACGGUACGUUUUACUUUUUACUGUUUUAUUUUCUAUUUUGUGAGAAAGGCGUGGGAAAGAUGAUUGAACUUAACUUGCCCCAAAUUAUUUUUGUCAUGAUUUUUGGUCGGUAAUUCUGCUAUUUCGCCUUCGCAUAGCCGUGAACUCUUUGGCAUUCUCUUAAGUUCUACACUCGUAGCAAAACAGCUAAGCUGCCAAGUCGCUUUCUUGCGAGACGUCAAUGACGGUAUAAUCAAACAUUUCAGUGACGUUUCAGGAGUGACUGUUGUUAGUAAUCUAUAAAUCUAAGAAUCUUCUGUAUUCUAUCUUCACUUCUCUUUGGUCUUUGAAUGAAUAAUAAUAACAAUCAGCUAACGUGAACUAAUAUCUGAAAGACCAUCCCGUCUAAAUGGCAUAUUUGAGGAGUUAGGUCUCAUUUCAUUUUACCUCUAACGCAUUACUUUCCUAGAGUGUCCCUCCCGCAGUAGAACCAGGGUUUUUUAACAUGGCCUUUUGGUGAUCAGUGCAUUCCUUCAUUGAAGAGGAAAAAAAGACCUUAACCUUCAGGGGCCUGUGACAGUUGUAACCGCCACUCGACCAGCCCUUUGAGAGAACACUCGAAGAGUCAAAAUGCUGUAAACGAGAAAUGUAAAAUCGUGCAGCGCCCGUGAAAUAGACAAUGCGAUUUGUGACUAUUUCUAACUACUUACAUAGCCCUAGUGGCAAAACAACUAUUUGAACGGAUCUAUCUUCAAGGUAUUCUGCAGUGUCCUGGCCCCGUCGUCAAUUCAAAGCCUCGUGGCUAUAAAAUUUACAAGAAUGAAAUAUAUUAGUAUGUUACAUAUUUUAUUGAUUUCCAGGGCCCAGUGUCUUUCAACCCAGACAAAAGGAGAAGAGACGUUAUUAUUGUUCUACAGCAAUACCGAGGUAUAAAUUAUAAUAAAUUUACGGUAUACUCAUUUUCUAAACUGUAUGCAAGAAUUAAAAGUAAUGCCCGGUUCAUAAACCGGACUUUUCAUGAUCCGAACCUAAAACAAAGUACAGUCGAACCUCCACGUGCGACCACCUCCCGUAGGCUACCACCUCCCAUAAGCGACCACCUUCCCAAAACACCAAAAAUAUUCUCAGUCAAAGCCUUAUACUGGAAUCUCUCGUAAACGACCACCUCCCGUAAGCGAUCGCGGCCACUUUUUCGGCUGAUAGUUUAGAAUUGUCUAUUGUUUUCAACCUCCGGUAAGCGACAACUAGGCACAUGGUCUUACAUUGUAAAAAUGGGCAAAAAGGAAUUUAUUCUUUGGCUGUCAUUAUUGUCUACACAUCUAUUACUGUGUUCAUUAGUUCGAUCUAUAACUACAGUACUACCAUCACCCUUGAGAAAAAGACCCAGAUUUCCAGGUUUCAGUAAAAGAAGUUAAGUUUUUGUUCGUCAGACGUUCCAGAGGCAUUUCUUUACAAGAAGUCACGUACACAACCAAGACUUUGUAACCUCAAAUUUGUAGCGCGUAAUCUAAUUAAAUGCACUUCCGUAAAUGAGCUGUCACGUAGAAUAGCUAAUAAUUUUGACAAUAAAACUACCAGUAAUUGGCAGUGGAAAGUAAACUUUCAUUAUUUUUUUAGAAUAAAUGUAACACUCUAUUCGGCUAGGUUGAAUUAAAAAUUUCGCCCCCGCGGUCAUCCAACUCUCAUAAGCGACCACCAAGCUUAACCUCUAAGUCCCAAUAUCAACAUACAAAUUCUCCAAACUGAUCCUCAUACAAUUCCUUUAACAAUUAGUUGAGAGAAUUUAAUAAAAGAUCAAAGCAUUUUCUCUUUGGUGAUCAUUUGUUUAUUCUCAUAACCUAAUCUCUUGACAAUGUAUAGAUAUUGUUAGGAGAAAAUUGAUGUUGGUCACCAUUGGGCCUAAAGGGUUAAGCCUUUGCAAUUUGGGCGGUCGCUCGCUUACGAACUUGGGGCCCGUUUCUCGAAAGGCCAGGUAACUUUUCUGGCCCCAAAUUAUAUAUUCAAAUCAAAAUGUAAAGAAUAAAAGCGCGGGAUCUAGCUGACAAACCAGUUCUUUUUGUUUUGUUAACAAAUAGUUUUAUCAUGUUUAUCUGCAAAACUAUUGAAACCUCGAUCUUGAAUGUAAACAGCAACAACCUUCCGGGCCCGUUAAUUAUUGGGACUUUCGAGAAACGGGUCCAUGGAGCAUUAAUUAUGAUAACGUAUUUUACAAGCAGUUUUACCGAAAUGAACAAUUUUCUCCUUUUGAAUUUACUUCGACCGGAAUUAAGAUUGGUGUCUGAAUCAAUUCACCCGGUCUUAAUAAUUUGGGUCGGCCUUAAUUCGAAUUAGGUUGGGCUCAUGGGCCUAAGAACUAGGAAAUAUAUAAAUCCAAUACUUUAAUUCGUAAAUGAGUUUAUUUGCCUGCGCACGAAGCUCAAUUAGCCUGGGAGGCAGGCCUUGAAAUGAAGUGUAAAACGGACCUCUCCCUUUUCUCCUUUCACUUUAGUUUCUCCCCCUACCCCCCACCCACUUUCUUUGCCUCCCCCUCCCCAUUUUGGCUUUGCCACGCACCCUAAGUACCAUGGGGAAGAAAAUCUGAUUAUCUAUCCAUGCGAAAAUUAUUUUGUCACUUAACCGUCCAUUUUAACGUCGGAUCAUUCCAUCCUUAUCAGUUUUUGUGUAAUGCUAUAGUGGAGGAUAUCAUUCAAUUACUGUUUUUAUUAUUAUUAUUAGAUUAUUAUAAUCAUUAUCUUUAUCAUUAUUAGGUAAUUUAUGUAAAUAGCGCACUGAAAAAAAGAAAGAUGGCGAAGAUUGAAUAAGGUUAAUCUCAUCUAUCAAACUCUGUGAAAUCUUGGCUGUGAUGGGAUAUUUAAACCUUUUUCUGACUUCACUAUACAGCAGAUAAGUUUUUAAGCUUAAACUCGGGUCACAUUAUCCACACAAAUAAUAUAAAUUUCACUGAAUUUUAUCGCAGAUAAAGAGGAAAAAUGGGUGAACGUUGGUGAAUUCUUCAUAAAUGAAAGUGGUCAAUUAAACUUGAAAUUUUAUGAAGGCAUGGAAGAAACAUUAUGGGAAGGUAUGUUUAUAGGCCAUUUCCGAGUUCAAAAACUCUCUCGUUCAAAACGAAGCUAAGUGCAAAACCUUUCUUGUGAAAAAAGCUUUGUUUGCACGGGAAUAAAAAAAAUCAUUUUCAUGUCAAUGGCUUUACAUUUAGCCUCGUUUUAAAACAGAGGCUUGGGACAGCUCGAAAAUCGCCUCCAUUAAGCGGCCACCUCCGCGGUGCCGGCAAAUACAAAAUAAUCUCCGGAUUUCCCAUUAUACUCUCACGUAACUUGUGUUCAGUUCAAAGGUUCAGACUUAAAAGUACUCAUGCAUAGUUUGCUGAUGUGUUUUAUAGCUGGAAAAGCUUGACAAACCAUCAGACCAAUACAUAUUUUAUUAACUGUAUACUAAUCGGCCUCGUAUUUUGCUCAAGAUGGACGUGUCCCAAGCGACAGAUCGCAGAUAAUAAAGCAGCGAAUGGAUACUCCGCGUGCGCUCUUCAUCAUCUUCUCAACGGUGGCCUCCUUUGGCAUAGUUCUAGGGAUCAUUUUCAUGGUAUUCAAUCGCUACUACCGCGACUGCAAGUGAGUUUCAUGCACUCUUUAAUAAAGGAGCAAGGUAGAUGUUUUACCAGGGUGGGGAGAUACCCCCAUGGGUAAACUACAUUGAUAUAUCCUGGGUAAGAACCAUUACGCACGCACAGGAGCCUAUGACACUAGUGAUGGACUCCUGGCACACAUCAAUCCAAAAGGAUACGGAAACAGUGUUCAGGCCUUCGCAAGAGUUAUGGCGGACGUUUCCUGAAUGUCUUUUUAAAAAGAGUUUUCUACGGGAUACAUAGGGUCGCAAGAGGCGAUCGAUCGAUACCGGAGAAGAUUGGCUAAGGUUACAACAAAUAGUACGGUUUUUGGUCAUGAAAUUCAGAGUUUGAAAACAAAGGAACGGCGAGUUUCUUGAGCGACUUCAAACCCUUUGGUACAGUUCUGCCUAGUCUUCCACUAAACCUCAGGUCUCCACAGAUUCUUUUAAUAAGAAAGUUAUCGAUAAAAGUCAGCUGCGCUCAAUGCGCGGUAACGUAAAUAUCCCACAGUGCUGUUCGAAAAGUGCAGGGGACGUAGAUGGGGGAAGGGGGCUGUUACGGGCAUGCAGUAAUGUAGUUCUGUUGCGGUGGCCCUUCUAAAAAUUGGAAAAUCUUAGUAGAUAAAUAAAUAAAUAAAUAAAUAAAGACCUUUAUCAAAUGUUUGAGAGGGUAGAAAUAUCACGUGAUGCAGUGACUGACCGAAAUUUAAUGGCAUGUGAGAUUCCACGCAUAAAGUAUGUUGGAUGGCAAAAAUUAUACGGUUAGGGUCGGGUGAAGCUUAAUUUAUUGAACAAGUCACCCCAACUCAAAUACUUAUCACAUAAUUUAUGCCAUUUCUCAGGUCAUGAGCAAAAUCUUUUCUCCUUUUAUAUCCACAAAAAUGAAAAGCAAUGAGUAUUAGGAAAUGUUUACCGGUUUUCUUUUCGCAGUUAUGCCGACCUAACGCAAUUGUUGGCUUUUUUUCUAGAUUUAUUCGUCUAUCUGCUCCGAUGUUUAAUGAUAUCAUUGUAUUGGGAUGUAUCAUGUGUUUGAGCACAAUAUAUUUAUUUGGAAUCCGGAAAGUCAACGAUGGGAAUAGAACCAUGCCACGUAUUUGCAAGGUGAGGAGUAACGUUAAUUUCAUGUGGUUAUCUCCCAGUCAAACCCCAUAAUUCUUUCUACAUUCAGCAUGUGCCACGCGUUCACGGAUCAUUGUUCAUAAAUUCACUGUUUUGUUGGAGUAUUUGAGAGCUUUUGAAAAAGCCGGUUAAAUGAGGGCUUUCUGAAAUGAACAAACCUUCGUAAGAUAGCUUUCGGAGACUUAAUUAAGAUAUUUUAGUUGUGCUAAAUAGGAUAUUCACAUUUGAAUAAAUGGUUUGACGCAUGGGACAUUUUUUUAAUAGCUGCCUGUGGGUGGGGAAUUUGACGCUUUUUCAAGCGCUAGCCGGUGGAUCAUGCUACCACCUCAAAAGCACUAUACCAAUUUACCGGAGAAUUUAACCAAAAAGAUGAAAUGCCUAGGCCUAGGGGGUUUGCUGGGGGGUAUGGGCGGUUUUGGAAUUGACUGGUACAUAACUGUGGUAGAGGCAGUGUAACGGACUCCAAUAAAUUGAACCAAGAGCUACUCACAGCCGAUGAAAGGAGAUUAUCUGAGCCAGACGACUAAUUUUCGGACGGUUUUAUAUAUAUAUUAAUUUUAACUACGCUCAGAGAUACUACCUAUUUUUUUCAGGCUCGUGCGUGGCUUUUGAACAUAGGAUUCUCCUUGGCUUUUGGAGCCAUGUUCAUCAAAACCUGGCGAAUUUACAAGAUUUGCACAAACAAGCGUCUGAAAGUCCGUGUAAGUGUAUCUAAUUUUUAAAUUGCUAGAAAGAAAAAACUUUAAAAAUAUAUUGGAACAAAGCAAUUAUUGGAUUCGGUUUCGUAUGAUCUGAAGAAUUGCGCUGAUCUCGUAAUUCUUCAAAUCCUAAUCGGCCUCAACCAAUAAUUGCUUACCGUAUUUAUUCGAUUAAGCGCCCAUCCUGUAGGGAGGAAAAGUUAACAAGCAACUAGCCUCGAACAAGAAGUUCAACCCACCCCACCCACCACCCUCUCCCUCAAAAACCUGACGUGGACAAGAUAAUUGUUUAUUAUUUCGUUACUGCCCAAUAUGCUUAUCGUCGACUGACCCAUUUGCAGACGUUACGUUGUGAAAAAUCGACGAGGCAACACGAGAGAGUUCGCUUAUUGACCUCACUGACAAUGAGAGAGAAAUUGACUAGGUUCUAUUAGGAGACUUCCCUGAGGACAAAGUUCUUAGUCGUUUUUAAAUAAACUUAAAUAAACGGUUAAAAAUUCUGCUUUGCUACAUCUUCACGUUUUGUUAUUAUUUACUGUUUUGUUGGAAAAUUAACUUUAGUACUUGCUAAAAAUAACGAAAAUUUAAUAGGCGCCCACUCUCGAGGCCCAGAAAUUUUAUAAGCGCCAUAAACACAGUAUCCUUAGUUGAAAUCAUAAAUAAGUGCAUUCUCUCCGCUAUACAAUAGAAGUUAUUUGACUUGCUAACAUCUAUGUUCGAAAUUUAUCAGUUGGGUCCAUUGUCUGAUUGGUGGAUGCUGGCUAUGGUAUUUGGGAUCGUUAUGAUUGACGUAGUGCUGUUAGUGGCUUGGGAACUUACAGACCCGCUCCAACAUGAAGAAGCAGUCGUGGACAAGAAGGUUAGUGGACAGAUUACAACCUGCUCCAACAAAGAUUUUUCAGCGUAUAUCUUACAAGAUAUUAGCACUUGUUGAGAGGUGCUUGUAAUGCUGAUUUCAGGUUUAUGAAAUUGCUCUAUUCAUGUGCUUCGAAUUUUUACUGUAUGAUUUCAUGUGGUGCGCGUAUAUGGCCACAUUUAUACAAAAUGUUAUAUUUGUGUAAUUUUUGGAGGAAAAUUCAACUGGUAUCACAUGGACUUUGAAGCUUCCAAAUAACAGUCAGUAACUAUAAACACUAUUCGCGAUCUGAAAUAACGCGUACGUGCUCUCCCGGCGAAGUGGCCUGGUCCAUGGUAUUGAUGAUUAAUACUUGUAUUUUCGGUUUUCAUUGCAGAAUGAUCCAGGGGAUCACCUCAAAAUAAUAAUGUCUACAAUAAAUACAUGUACGGGAAAAAAUGUGGAAAUGUGGCUGGCAUUGAUUUAUGUUAGCAAGGGAAUUCUUUUGCUUUACGGGCUGUUCCUCGCUUAUGAGACCAGAAAUGUCGUGUAUGCGCAUUUGAACGACUCACGAGUCAUUGGAAUUUGUGUGUACAACGUGGUGGUGCUGUCUACUAUUGGGGCGUUCUUGGCUCUAAUUUUGAAGAACGAACAGUAUGUAGAGUUAUACUCCGCACUAAGUGUGUGUAUAUCUUUCCCAGCUGCAGCCACUAUAUCGCUGAUCUUCAUACCAAAGGUAAAACCUGAUUUAUUCGGCCAUUUUCAACAAAUAAUUUCAUUACGAUUGUCACGGAUUUAAAAGCUCGAAGGUCGCAUCGUCAUGGAACCACUUGUAUUCAUCUGACAUAUCACUCCUCGUAUUAAAUUUAUACAGCCGCCAGGUUGCCUCGUUUCCAGGCGCCGUCUGCACUACUAUUGCAGAGCAUCACUGAUAGGAAAAAUCUAUCCUUCCCAUGACACAACGUGGGCUAUGUGAGCGCAAGGAAAGACACCUGUAGUCGAGGCAGGCCGCCCGACGAGUUCUCUCAGUAGAAACCGUCCAGCGUCUUUUAAGGUGGAUUUUUACCCACAUUCGUACGCGCGUAGAUAAAAUAGAAAUGUGUGGAAGGUCAGGCGUAAACGUAAAAGUUGUUCCUCACUUACACGUUUACACACGGCCUUUCAUACAUCGCCUAUCUAUGUAUUUUAUUUACGCGCGUAGGCGCCGGCGUAAAAAUUACACGAUUGUGGACUAAUCCACCCUUAGGCUGCAGAAUACCUUGCACUUCCUGUGUGCCUGACAUUUGAUGGUGCACAUUACUACUACAGUAAUGAUAUUCAAAAAGGGUUGUCGGUAGACCAAAAGAAAUGCAAUGGAUACUCAUUAUGUUAGCAAGAUUCCCCCCAGUAUUUCAGCGGGCUAAGCGUGCACACAACGCCGUUACAGGUAUUACCGAAGUCGGGAUAUUCCACAACAGGGUUCAUCAAUGCCGUAAUCCCGACCCAAAAUUUCGUGCAAUCCCUUAAACCUGAUGGGCUUUUGGCAUCGCACCUCAAAUCCAAUCCCGAAACUCGCCCUGAUUUGCUUUAAAAUCCCGAAUCCCGAGCUUCAAGUGAGGGAAUUCCCGGAUCCCGAGCUUCAUGUAAGGGAAAUGUCCGAUCCCGAGCUUCAUGUAAGGGAAAUCCCGGAUCCCGAGCUUCGUAUAAGGGAAAUCCCGCAUCCCGAGUUUCAAAUGAGGGAAAUCCUGAAUCCGUAAAAACCCACUGGAGACACACAACUAGUUAAACAACACUGUUAUCUUCUAAUUAUUCAUUUAAAUCGCAAAUUUUUCUUUGUAGCUGAUACAUCGCCUAAAAGCAAGCUCCCUCGACGGAGAAACCGUUGGAGAAUCGACCUUGAAUCACACUUUUUCUCGUCCAUCCAUCGACGUAACCAGCACAUUUAAGGGCACAGAAAUGGGAAGAGAAAGAUUCGUAGACGCUCCUCCGUCAGGCAACACACUCGGCGUCUAUCAAAAUGGAGGUUUCAUGGACAGUCUUUCUUCUAUUCCUUCACCCUCACCUGCAAAAUCUGUAGAAGAACCUGCACAUUCGGCAACAACACUAGAGGAUUAAAAUCUCCGACUAGCUUAAACUAUCGUAAGGCACUAACAAUUUUUCUUACGCCUCGCAUAUACGGAUCGGUCAUAUUCUUACGAACAAAAAGCUUCUCAUUCUCUUGUAAAAUGCAAAGAAACUAUGUCCCUAAAUAAUGGAACAACACACACGUUGAAAACGUCGCUGGCCUGUUGAUGGUGAAGAUAAGAUGGUCAAAACUAAAAAUGCCUAGGCGAAGUUGUAACACAGGCCGCCAAAGUUUUUUUUAGCCAUACCACUCAGUGAACAUUCGGAACACACUGUACUGUUUUGCGGCAGCGCAGUUAUUUGAAGUUCUGGUACCAAGAGCUCAUAGAAACAGAAGAAAAUGCUUUGAACUUUCCGACGUACAGGCUUGAGAACAUUUUUUUGUGGAAUUCAAGCUCUACGAGAAAAGAGCCAAGGAUAAAUUAUUAUGAAACCUUUCUAGUGAACAACACGACUAACACUAACAGUUCUUAUUUGAUAAGUCGCCGGGCGAGAUGGGAUGUAAACAUGCCUCUAUGUGCAUCGUGCAACCCUUUGGUCUUAAUAGCAUGUCAUAGUAACAGGUGGUGCUUUGCAUAAGGGGCUUUUAAUAAGCCCCACGUCCUAACCUACCGGAACAGGGCUGGGCGCCCUACCCCACCAGGGUGGUCUCCACUAUAAGGUGCAAAGCUAGGCAUUGAAAUUAAGGUUCUUGCCCGCCAGUAGCUAGAGAAAAUAUUCAAAAAGAGAGUGAAAUUUUAAGCUUAUUUGUUGGUGCAAGAGAUCAUAAUAGGACUAUUAUGGCUCUUGGUUGGUGUUAUCCUUUUAAUUACCCGGGUUGUUUCUAAACUCGAGGAAGCGCGGUUUUGCUUAUUCUUUUAGUGACUGUUGAUUGUUUGCUUGUAGGGAGGAAGAUCCCAGAAGGCGGGUCAUCCUAGAGCCACAUAUCUUCUCCUUUUAGUUAACUGGAUGCAAAAAGUUGUAGUUGUCCCUACACUGCGAGAAGAGGCUGCAUUUUGCGGUGUCGUGGUGAACUGGCGUGCGAAAAGUACUUUUCGCAGGCCAGAAUGUAGCCUCUGCUCGCAGGGUAACUUGGAUACCCCGCAAACGAUCCUUUAGUUCUAUAGAAAAAAAACAAACAUGAUUGCCGGGAUUUCGACCGCCAAGGAUCGACAAUUUCUUCAGUCAUUACAACUUUCAAGCGUGCAAGGCCAAUAACCUAGCGACGCAGUGGAAAGCCGAGAGAUCAAUAGUCCAUUUUACUGUUACGGGUGAAAACGAGGCUGGAGGUGACCGUUUAUUGAUACAACCAAUCUCCUUUACUAUCGUAACCAUGUUUUUCUUAUGCUAACUAGUAUUUUGUAGCAAUUUUCAUAAGAAAAGGGAAGGAGGUUUGUAUCAACAUAAGCUCAAACUCAGCCUAACAUUCACUCAGGGGCUAGCGUUCUUAGCUCUGUAAAAUGGAUAACACGAUAUAAUCAGAAAGAAAAUAGUCUUAAGGCUCAUCAGCCUCUCGAUGAAGAAACGAUUUAGAAAUGACCAGUUUCAGAAAAAGAUGUUUUUACCCAGCCCCGAUCGACGUGUCCUUCAUGUACAAGAAACGAAAAGUAGAAGGUGAAGAUUUUUUUAUCCUUUAACUAAGCCAUAUAGUGUAUUUACCACUUUAACUAAAUAUUUUAUCAUUGCAUUAAGUUGUUCCGCCUUAUAGGAUCUUUCUCCGUCCCUCCCUCUUUUAAUUUGAGACUAAAAAAAGCACAGGUAAGUCAGGCGUAUUACCUAUUUAUACAUCGAUAAUAAUUUCCCAUACAAACUCUUACAUUACGCUACCCUGCGAGCAUCUCGAGAGAGAGGCGGGGUCGUAAACAAGCCAACUAUGCGAAUAACAGCAACGCGAACGAUUCCGCACAUCCUAAAAGCCAUGCCGUAAAGAAACUUCUUCUCGCAGGAUAACAUUACGCAUUAACAUUAACAUUACGCUAAGGCUACCUGAGACUACAUGUCAGAGAGGGCGAAUAAUUAAGAACCUUAAGCACAACAUCGUUGUUUGAGUUAAGAUGACAUGGGACAUUUGUCUCUCAACAAGAGGGAAUGCUCUCGAUAAAUAGAGAAAGAAUUGUCUAGUUGGACAAAAUAAUUUUAGAUAAUUAUUGCGUAAGUUAAGAGCUACAUCUUUUUAUUUAGGAAAAGCAUGCAGUGUAAAUUGAGGUUGGAUUCAGUUUUACCUAUUUAAAAACGUUGCUUAUGUUCAGAUGUUCAGAAUUUUUUAAAAAAAUCUUCUGACCUUAUUAUCACGUCUCUGUAAGUUUGUUUUAAACGUUUUGGGAGAAUUUGUUAAAAAAUUAAAAUAGUCUUUGUAAGCC